UUGUUUUUUGCGGUGUUAGCGAAUUACCGAAGUGGAGCGUGUAGCCUGGCCCUGGUGGCUGUCUCGCUAUGGCUACACAAGCAAAAACCGUCACCAGCCCAAAGGAUGAGAACUCGUCUGUCCAGGUGUCUUCCGACUUCCACAAGAAGCUUGUCAUCGUGGGCGACGGAGGCUGCGGCAAAACUUCCAUGCUGACCGCCUUCGCGACGGGAGUGUUUCCAGAGAAUCCACAGGCGACUCUCCUUGAGACGGUGAUCACCAACGUGAACGUUGGAAAUAAGAAGGUUCGUCUGAGCCUGUGCGACACGGCUGGUCAGGAGACCUACGACCGGCUGCGAACGCGCAGCUACACAGACGCUGCCGUGGUCGUCGUGGUGUUCAGCAUCGACGCGCCCGACAGUCUCGACAACGUGGAGACCCGCUGGAACCCCGAAGUACGGCAUUUCUGUUUCAAGGUCCCCUGUCUGGUGGUCGGCAACAAGAAGGACCUGCGGAACUGUCCGGACACGGUGGAGGAGCUCCGUGAGAGGCGGCUCUCUCCGGUGACCUACAAGGAGGGCGCUGCGAUGGCCAAGAAGAUCAAGGCCAAGGCCUACAUGGAGUGCUCCGCCCUGGACAAGCAGGGCGUGCAAGAGGUCUUCCAGAGGGCCGCACGGCUGGCCAUUAGCCCGCGGAGUCGAAACUUCUGGUCAAGCUGGUGCUGUGCGUACACGUGAUCUACCAAGUCGUAUAUAGUCGCCAUACUGUGGUACGGCCCUUAAGGGCGAAACCCCGAAACCUCGUCGUAGGGAAGCGUACACUACGUUCUUCGUGCUUACGAGUGUUUCAAAGGAGACUGCAUGCAGUGCGAACGGUGAAUUGAAUUGUUGCUGGCGACGUACCAUGGGCUGCCUUAAAAGGUGGCUCGAUCUCUGUGCCACGGAGUAGCACCUGACCAACCUUGGUUUGAAGCAUUGCUUGCAGUACGUUUACAUAAACGUUCAUCUGCAAAUAGUUUUUCUUUGAGGCUUUUCGUCUGAGCAGCUUCUGAGAAAUCUUAAUAGCUACUUCCGGUUAUAGGUUUGCAAGAUGAUCGAUGCCACUACCGUUGGUUGACGCCUAAACUGCGGUUGCGCGCGCCCAGUGUUGAUAGCGGCCUCUGUACAGUUUGUAAUAAGGGCGCAUCCGUAAGCAUUUUUUUUACCUUUGGUUUACCAUGUUCCCUACAAGCAUGGAAUUGUUUCCUGCAAGCGACGCUGUCCUGUAGGUUCCAGUGAGUUUAUUUGAAGUAUAAUCCUUGUCAUUGGAAUUGUCUCCUUGCAUGCAUGGUUACCACUGAGAUAUGGCAAUUCAGUGGCGCCGAGUAUUUCCUGCCACUGCGGGCACAACUUUUUUUUUUUAACAUUUGCAAGCUGACGCUGUGAAUGACGCAGAAUUGUGGAAAUUAUUAAUUUUCAGAACGGGCAAUUUGUUUAGACCCAUGAUUUCAACAUUCUGAUGGCAUCUUAAAUCUGGAAACUAUAAAUGACCCCCCUAUCCCCCCAAAAAGGAAGCUAUUAAUUUGUUCACUUUUUAUUCCGAGAUUGUUCUUGAUUACCAUGUACAUGACUAUAAUUAGACAAGCGGAAGCACAUGCCUAGAGCCAUUGGAACAUUAUAGCCUUGUUAUAUGCGUAGGCUGUUUUUCAUUGUGCCGGUGUCAGAAACUUGUACCUUCUUUGGACUCUCAGAAAUUCUUCAACUUUCAACAUUAAUGUGUUCCAGUAAUCGUUUUGCUGAAAUAACAAAGCACAUAUUUUGUUUGGUUGAAUGUGACUAUUAGUGAAUAAACUAUUAGUUUAUUCACUGUGUGCUUCAACAAAAUUUAGAUAUUAGAUCAGUUGAUGUGUUAGCACUAUGGUGUGUUCAAAUCUCGUGUGUGGACUUUAAGCAUGCAGUUAUUCCACCGUUUGGCUCUCUACUGAUCUUCAUAUUUUAGAAUACUAUGUUGUGCUUUUUUUCAGCAUUGCAUUUUAUUUUAGGUUUACCAUGCACAAUUGUCUGGCUUCUUCAGAGCUCAUGUAGGGUUAAAUUUUUUAUUGUUCCUGACAAACUAAGUGUUGUUUUUGUUUUAACGCACCGCUUUACAAGCUAUGGAGGACAAUAUUGUUCUUCAGUAAAAUUGGCAGGUCUUUUUCGACCAGACUCGACUGAUCUAUUUUGUGCCUCUUAUCUACUUCCACUGCUCUCUAAGAAUUUGCGUCUUAUGGUCAUAACCUAUUCUGUAUAACGCAAUGAAUAUUUUCUGUACUAGGUUUACUGCUGACAAGUGUCGGAGAUAAAACUCGCGGUAAAUUUCGCCAUCCGCUCACGGUUCCGGAAGAGGCGACACCACCUAACGGAAAAAUAGUGAAAGAGAGAAGCCGGGAGCUAUGCAUCAGCACCCAGAUAACAAAGCCGCAAUGCUGAAUGUUCGUCCAUGACAUGACGCCGAAAAUUCAGCACUACGGUCUUAUUAUCUAGGUGGCGUUGGGAAUUAUCGACCGUUCAAAGAGUGCAGUAAACGUUGGCGCGGCCUGACAGUCCAAGUGGGGACACAGGAAAGGGAAUUACAUGCACGACGUUUAGGUUGCAAAUAUGCCCACACCAAUGCUGGUAGAUAAAAAGGUGGAGCGAUAUGUCCGUCAAUUGCCAUCUAGCAAUACUUCGAAAGGGGAGAAGGGGGAGGGGGGGAGAGAGGGGGAGACUGGCUUCGGCUUUGCCUAUGUACGCCAACUCAGUGCGCGUGCGCGUGUCCCGAUAUUCGCUAAACAAAGCAUAUUUGCACACUGAAUGAAUGAAUGCCUGGAUUCAACGGACCCCUUUUAAUCGGGUGGUGACUUGGGCAACGAAGAUAUGUUCAUAGAGGAAAGGCAGAAAUGUUAGCGUAAUCGUCAGUUUAUGGUUAGUCGCUCUACGAUGCAUAGUUUCUGGAAAGAAGACACCCGUAAUGAAGUUCAUGUGUAGAAACUCGCGAAUAAAAACACGACAGCAACAAAA